CAUCAGUCGCCGGGCAAAGGCACAUUUCCAAACACAAAACCCUACAUAUGGAAUGCGAGAUAAUAAUAAAGUAGAACUGAAGUGGACUAGGAGAGCCAAAUCAAGCCUGCCCCUUUUUGGCUUCGUUCAACUUCUCCUUCAAUGAUUUUUCUCCACAUCACUCAGACAGCUCGCUCACGGUAUCCCCUUUCUCUUUCUGCACAACAAGAACAACCCUUCAAGUGAAGGGUUUUCGAUGGCUUUCUGUUAGCAGCAACAGUUGAUUCUUCAUCUUGCUGGUCUUUGUGGAAUCUAUGCCAGGAAUGGAUGGUUAGAGAGAAGGCCUCAAGUCUCUUUCUUUUCUAAUCCUGGACUGGACUGGACUGGACUGGACUUCUUUCGAGGGAAAAAAAUUUCAUCUUGUGAAGUUAAAAGGAGAAGCUUGACCGUCCUGGGUGCCGAAAGAACUUCGAGUCGCUUUGCGAACAAUCUCAUUGAUUUGAAGUAGUGAAAGGGUUAAUGGAUUGGAAUCUGAAAGCUCCUUGGGAUUUGACUGAAUUUGCCCAUGAAAACCUGCCAAGAGACCAUGGGGCUGAUGGGCCAAAGAGCUAUGGGAAUCCUAGUGCAAAAGGAGAAUUUUCGGUUGAUUUGAAGCUGGGUCAAAUGAGUAACGCUGUGAAUGAGCCUGUAAAUAUGUGGAAAGACACUGGUGUCUCAAAGAUGGCGUCGUCUCCAUCUGGGAAGAGGGCUCGAUCAGCCAGCAAUGGGGGUCUGGCAGUACAUUGCCUUGUUGAUGGUUGCAAUGCGGACCUCAGUAACUGUAGAGAGUACCAUAGGCGCCACAAGGUCUGUGAAGCUCACUCCAAGACUCCCGAGGUGACCAUUAAUGGUAAAAAGCAAAGGUUUUGUCAGCAAUGCAGCAGGUUCCAUUCACUGGAGGAAUUUGAUGAGGGCAAAAGGAGCUGCAGGAAGCGCCUAGAUGGACAUAACAGAAGGCGAAGAAAACCUCAGCCGGAUCCCCUAAGUCGGUCAGCAGACAUUUUAUCCAAUUUUCAGGGUACCCAAGUAGUACCACUCUCUAACUCACAGAUAUAUCCCACUACUGCUGUUGGCAACCCGACAUGGGCCGGAGUUGUCAAUCCCGAAGCAGAAGCUGCUCUAUAUGCCCACCACCAACACCUAUUCGGGUCGUCCUCUAGCAUAUAUGGGGGAGGCAAACAAAUUAAAUUCUUGCAAGGGAAUAAUCCCAUGUUCAGUAGCCAAAUGUCUGCCGAAGCUUCUGUAUGUCAGCCACUCCCUAGGACGAUAGUUUCAUCUGAUAGUGGUGGGCUUGGCCGCAAUAUGUUCUAUGACCGGCUAGUCAGCGAAUCGGACUGUGCUCUCUCUCUUCUGUCAUCACCCCAGAUGCAGACAUCAGGAACUAAUUUCAGCAAUAUGGCGCACCAAAACUCCUACCGUGAUAAUCACAGCAUAGAGCCUUUAGACUCUCUUCGCGCUUCCAGUGGCAGCGGAAGAAAUACCAACUCCCAGGGACUGUUCCACUUAGGAUCUGAAGGACGACAAAGGAAUGAAGCCUCUCAAGUAAUUCCCUUUCACUGGGAUUAGUAAGCUAUGAGCUCACUCCCCAGUUUCCUGAUGCAUAUUUACUGAAUAUUCAUUCUCAUGUAGAGAUUGUUGUGGUAUUCUUUCUCGUAUGUAAACUGUCUGUUUCAGUGAACUAUCCUAAUUGAAGGUAUUAACCACAUUUGCCCUCCC